AUGGAAGAAGAGCGCAGCGAACAGUGCGACGUGGAAGAUUUUCUGCAGCGCGCAGCUCUUCCACUGCUUUUCUACGCAAAGAAAGCCAAGAACGAAAUCAACAGCGAAAAAACCGACAAAACCCACAAAGCCGAAGGGCAAGCCGAAGAGGAAGCUGGGCAAAGCGGGUAUGCCAGCGACGAAGCGAAGGAGGCAGCGAGUGCUCUUCUUUGCAUCCGACUCUUAGCGCAACAGCUGCAGAGCAUGGCCAGUUCUGCCAACAGUUCUGUCAUGGCACAGGAAAACUCCAGUUCCAACGUGGAUGCGGAGGAAGUUGCAAGCAGACCAUGUGCAGAGCACCUGCCAAGUGCAGCUGGCGGCAGGUGCAUGGCGCCGGAAAUCGAAGAUUUGGCGUUGGCCAUGGCACAUUGGGUUUCGACCGAGUGGUGCUCUCCCCGCAUUGAAGUGGUAGACUACUUGCCAUGCUGCCGUGAAGAGAAGUCCAAUUUUCUUCUGUCCAAAGACUGUGACCAUUUGAAGAUGAAGGCCGUCUUAGACAUUGUGCUGUUUGCUCCAAUGCCAGAUGGUCAGGAGAUAGGACGACAGCGGUUGCUUCAUCAUGGCCCCUGGCAUACUUUUAGUCCAGUGCCUGGUGGAUGGCACACUUCCUACCCUGCAGGUGCUGCGUUGCAUCGCUGGGAAGAAGUUACGGCAGCUGGGCUUCUACUGCUGGCAGCGGCCAAGACCUUCAAACAGCAAAGAGAAAGAGACCUGCUGAGCGCGGAGACGGCGGAGACCGAAGAGACACAAGAGCUCUGUAGACCACAAGAGCACCCUGCACAGAGCUCUGCAGUGUUGGUCUAUGGAGCCUGCGAUGGGCUGCUCGCCUCAUUUCUGGCGCAACACGCGCCGGAGGUGCAGGUAGACUUACUCGAUGGAGAACUCAGCGGACUCGAUUUGCUUCGAAAACAUUUCAAUCUUCGACUUGGUGGUCCUGGACUUCUCAAAGGCAGCUGCAGAGUGCUCGGCAAACCCUCGCCAAAUGAGAGAGAAGCGGGUUCAGCAGAUGUGGAUUCAGCGGACGUGGAGGUGGCGUCAGAUACUGGUGGGACGGACGAGACAGGUGAGACAGGAGAAAGGAUAGCGUCCAGAGAACACUAUGACGGCAUCGUUGUAAUGAAGCCCUUUGGGCAAAACUUCCGACCCAAUCCAUCCAUCUCGUCCAUCUCGUCCAUCUCGUCCAUCUUGCCUGGGGAAGGACCUGGUCAGCACCAAGAGCACCAAGUGAAGUCACCUCUGCCGUUGCGCACGUUGCGCAAAGGUGGUUUGCUACUGGUGGAGGCAACGCCAGAAGACCGAAACCAGUUAGAGAAGUUGGGAGAGGUCUUGGAGCUCAACGACUUGCUCCAGGGCGAUGAUGACCUGGAUGAGGAUGUCGAUGCCACGGUGCUUUGCAUCGUGACGCCGAGAGCCAGGACUCUGAACGGGCUGGAAACUCCGCAGAUGGACUCUUUCAAGGAGCUCAUUUGCCCAGAGAGCUGGUUUGAAUUGCUGCUUGAACGCGGAGGAGUCGUUGGAGGAGCGCCGGACGUUCUCAACGCCCAAAAGACACGUGUUGUUCCUGCUGGUAAGAUGUGCGCAGAAGAUCUGGCAACGUUGACACGCCUUGCUGGCAGAGCGACUGACUGUGGCCGAGAGAUUCGCUCCCCUCAAUCCGACAGCUGGCAGGUGUUGUUUCUUCAGACAAACGGAUUCUUCGAAGACCAAGCGCCCCAUCUACUGAAGCGUCUCGCUGAUAUUGCCAGGUCAGUUGCUCUGAAAGAGAAGUGGGUGACAAUGGAGCAAGCAGAUCGAUUGCAGGCAAGGGUAAUCGAAUGGCACCAGCAGGAUGCUCCGGGUCCUGGCAUCCCAGACCCCAGACACUAUGACAUGGACAGUCUGAUCACAGUGGAUGUCAUGUGUUCGGAGCCUGGCCGUGACUUUCUCGGUGGCCAGUUGCAAACACUCGAAGUGGACGGACUCAAGGAGCACUCCUUCCAGCUGUGCGACAUUCUGGUCUUUCAGGCCCACAAGUACCACUGCGUGGCUCCAGUGGUACAGGGAUGUCGACGUGCGCUGGUUUUGGAAUUCUGGGAUGGACCUGCACGACAUUGUCCUCACAGGUGCACGAGCUUCGAGCGCAUCUGCCCACAGGAGAACAGGCACGGUGAGCACACAACAAGAAAGGCUCUUGGAAGGUUACUGCCGUUUCGCCUUGCAGCAAAGCGACGCCACCACCUCAGGAGUUUGUGA